AUGAACGAUGUCGAUUCCGUUGCGAGCAAGCUCGCGCCUCUGCUGCGGCAUCCGGAUGACCUCGACAAGAUCCCGUCGCUCAAAGCCGAGUUGCAACGGAAGAAAGCAGGCGUCGAUGCUCAGCUCCAGGCCGGGCUGAAAGAUCAGCUGGAGGUGACGCAGACGGGCAUGAACUCCAUCCACGAUGCGUCGCGAAUCCUCCAACAGAUCAAGGAGGAGAUGCAGAAGGUCGACAAGAUGUGCUCCGAGCAGCAGAACAUGAUCAAGGACUUUGGGCAGAUUAAUGCGGUGGCCCAGGCACACCGGAACUUCACCGCGGUGUUGCAGCUGAAGAAUGAUAUCGAGAGUUUUGACGCCAGGCUGACGCAGCUGGAGAUGCUGCUGGACGAAGACAGCCAGAAUAUCGAGCAACAGCCGAACCUUCUAGCAAUCCAUAUGGAGCUUACGAAGUUGAGAGAUAUCAGAGAUACCGCAAUGGAGCAGGCGAAGGGAUCCGAGAAAGCCAUGGAGCUUAUGAACAACCUACAACUCUCCAGCGGCAUGACUUUAUCCGAGACCUUUCAACGACUGGACGAAGUUAUCGAUGCAUUCGACGAGCAUCUCGGCACAGCGUGCAUGAACAUCAUCCCUCUAGUCCAACAAGGGAACGACAGCAUGGUUGUGCGGCUCGCGUUGGUCAUCUCAGAGGAAGAGAAGAGUGAUAAUAAAGCCAAAGCUUUACAGGACGCACAGAAAGAGUACAAGGACCUGGCAAGUCGCUUCAAGUCCAUCACCGCCGGGCCGAAGGAGACUCGGGGUUACAAAGAGAAGUUCCUGAAGGCCAUCGAAAUGUACGCGGAUAACCAGAUGGACGAGUCGAACGACAUGUUCCAAGACGACCCCGACAAGCUUGAGAAGAGCGUGCGCUGGUUCUUCAAUGACCUCAACACCGUCAAGCUAGGUAUGCAGCGAUUGACGCCGAAGAAGUGGAAGAUAUUUCAGACAUAUGUGCAGAUCUAUCACAAGCAGAUGCACGAUUGGCUGGUUGCGCUCAUCGACAACCCGCAACUUACGCCCCCCCAGAUGCUCGCGAUCGUUCAGUGGGCGGACAAGUACUAUACCAAGAUGGAAAAGCUCGGUGUUCCUCGGGACAUGAUGAAGGUUCCCGUCAUCGACAAUCGCAGCGCCGACCUGAUUCGAGAAUAUCGACAGCUCAUCGUCAAGGCGGUGGAAGAGUGGAUGGACCGCAUGGUCGUCACCGACAAGAAGAACUUCCUCUCCCGCGACGAAUCAUCCCUCGACACCGACGAAAACGGAUGUCUGCGCACCAAAACCAUGGGUGACAUGUGGCGCAUGCUUCGCGAGCAGUUGGACGUCGCGGAGUCGAGCAAGCGGACCGAUGUCGCGGAAGGGGUCGUUGAGGCGAUGUUCCGCUCGCUGAUUUCCCGCCAGCGCAUGUGGGAGCAACUGGUCUCGUCCGAGCUGCAGAAAUACCUUCAGCCAAACGCCGAUCAGGAGGGACUGCAGCCACUCCAAGACUUCCUUGUCGCCAUUGCCAAUGACCAAAUUGCUUGCAUCGAUGACGCGGAAGACGAGGGUGGGUCACCAAGCUACCUGACCCAAUUCUCACGGGCGAUAAAUCCAAUCGUGUCCUCUGCGUAUAGCAUCACCGUCACUUCUCAAACCGAAACGCUCCGGGACGGAUACGUCGAUCUCAGCACGCAUUGUCUGAACACUUUUGCACAGGUCAUCUUCUCCAUCGACUUCCGCAACCUCAUGUCCGAGUUCUUCACGCCCGCAUGGUACUCGAAGAAGGCCAUCGGUCAGGCCGUCAGCACGUUUGAGGACUACCUAAACGAUUACCUUCCCGUUCUCCAUCCGUCCCUCCGCGACAUCCUGGUCGAAGAACUUGCCGACGAGCUUCUCAUUCACUACCUCUCGUCCGUGCGGAACAAGUCGGUCAAGUUCCGGCGCUCCGAUCCGUUCGUGCAGAAGAUCCGCGACGAUAUCCUGACCGUUUUCGGAUACUUCGAGAAGUUCGAGGCGUUCGAGGCCAUCAAGCAGAAAUGGCGAGUGGUGGAUGGGUUCACUCGGCUGCUCGAGUCAGACAAGGCUCAACUGCCCGAUGUGUACGCGCAGUUCAAGACGGAUUAUUGGGACGUCAAUAUGAGCUGGGUGGAAGCGGUGCUGCGAGCAAGAGAUGAUUUCGACCGGAGCUUGCUUAACGCUGUGAAGGCACGCGCCGGUGAAAUAGAAGUGGUCCGCGGGCCCGACACUGUGAUGGCCAAGGUCAAAUGA